AUGUCCCUGCAGGUUUCUCCCAGGUCGUUGGAACCUUUUGGCGUAAACGACCCUAAGAUGGGUGCUGGUUGGAUAAAGCAUAAAGCAAAUGAAUCCUUGAGCAAGACAGCCCUCUACGACCUUCACGUCGCCCACGGCGCCAAGAUGGUUCCGUUUGGCGGGUUCCAUAUGCCCGUGCAGUACUCCUCGCUGUCCGUCUCGGCCUCGCACCACUUUACCCGCUCCCACGCCUCACUUUUCGACGUUGGCCACAUGGUGCAGCACCGGUUCUCUGGGCCGGGCGCCACCGAUUUCCUACAAAAGAUCACCCCGGCCUCGCUCAAGAGCUUGCCCAAGCACCAGAGUACGCUGUCGACACUGCUGUGGCCCGGCACCGGAGGCAUCGUCGACGACACGAUCGUGACGAAGCUCGACGAGGGCCUGUUCUACGUCGUCACCAACGCGGCGUGCCGCGACAAGGAUCUCGGAUACCUGAACGAGCAGCUGAGCAAGUGGGAGAAAGACGGCGGCGGGAAGAUCGAGCACGAGGUCCUCGACGGCUGGGGUCUGAUUGCCCUGCAGGGGCCGCUGUCCGAGGAGAUCCUGGCGUCUGUUGUGCUGGUUCCUGAGGAUGCCAAGCUGAAGGAGCUGUACUUUGGGCAGUCCCGCUUCGUCAUGCUCAGGGUCCGCGGCCGCGAGCUGAGCAAUCCUGUCCUGGUGAGCAGGGGCGGCUACACGGGCGAGGACGGCUUCGAGAUCUCGAUUCAUCCCGACGACACCGUGGCCGUCACGGAGGCGCUGCUCGAGAGCGCAGGGCCCAGCAAGCUGCAGCUUGCCGGUCUAGGAGCUAGGGAUAGUCUGAGGUUGGAGGCCGGCAUGUGUCUCUACGGUCAUGAUCUGGAUGACACGACAACACCUGUCGAGGCGGCGCUGAGCUGGGUCAUCGGCAAGGAUCGCAGAUCGCCUGAUGCCUUCCACGGCGCCGAGGUCAUCAUCCCGCAGCUUACCCCCAAGAGCAAGGGCGGAAGUGGUGUGGAGCGGCGGAGAGUCGGACUAGUGGUUGAAGGCGCGCCCGCAAGAGAGGGUGCCGAGAUUGUGGAUGGGGAGGGAAACAAGAUCGGUGUCAUCACGAGCGGGUGCCCGAGCCCGACCCUGGGCAAGAACAUCGCCAUGGGAUACAUCAAGGACGGACUGCACAAGAGCGGAACCGAGGUCAAGGUGAAGGUCAGGGGCAGAGAGAGGAAGGCCGUCGUAUCAAAGAUGCCUUUUGUGCCUAGCAAGUACUGGAAGGGCACUGCUCCCGCGUGA